CCUCGCGCCUGGAAAAAAGCCCCCAAGGGUUCGUACUUCGGCCAGCGAACGGGCAAAUUGGCCAGUAGGCCUAUGAUCGACGGGAACAAGAUGCAACGAGUUGUUAUCAUAGGUUGCACCAACUGGGCAUCUCACGCUCCAACACGCAGGUCGUGAUCUUAGAAGAGCAGGAAAAACCCGGCGGAUUAUCUCUGUCAUUCCGGGACGACGCGGGCUUUCUGUGGGACCUUGGUGGUCACGUGGUAUUCUCCCAUUAUAUUUACUUUGAUAAGGUAUUGGAGGAGGCUGUUCAAAACUGGACGAUGCAUAAAAGGGCGGCGUUCGCGUACAUGAUGGGAUCCAGUGGGGCACGCCGAUUUAUCCCGUACCCUGUGCAAGAGAACGUGCUCGCGAUGGAUCGGGUCGACAGUGAGAGAAUUCUUAAGGAUAUUCAAGGUUUUAACAGGAGUCGUACACGCAAACCAGGGAAUUUUGAUGAGUGGCUGGUGGACACGUUUGGCGAAGAGCUAUGUAGAUUCUUCAUGAGCAAAUAUAAUCGCAAGGUAUGGACGGUUGACCCUAAGGAGAUGAACUAUGAAUGGAUUGGGGAGAGGGUCGCAGUUCCGAGCGUAGAGAGAAUCAAAAAGAACAAGAGGCUCAAGGACUCCGAGUGGGGCCCCAAUAGGAACUUUCGGUUCCCGAGGUAUAACGGUACGGGCGGGAUAUGGCAAUCAGUGGCUGAUCUAUUACCGAGAAGCUGGUUCCACUUCGAGAACCGUGUCGUCCAGCUUAACAUCGACAAAAAGAUUUUAACAGUUGCUAGUAAGGAUGGCGCCAAGUACUCUUUGUCUUACGAUGUACUUAUCUCGACUGCGCCUUUGGACUUACUUGUGACCAUGGACAGCUCGGGUCGUCACGGGAAGAAGAAGGCUAUCGCCAGGCAACUGGUUUACACGAGGACGCACGUUGUAGGCAUAGGAUUGACAGGGCAGCCUCCACAGAGCCUUCUAGACAAGUCCUGGAUCUACUUUCCCGAUCCCGAUUCACCAUUUUACCGCGUGACUUUGUUCUCUAAGUACUCAAAAGAUCAUGUCCCGGAUUCUGAGAAAUACUGGUCUCUCCUCUGCGAAACAGCCGAGCAUGUCUCGCGUGCCAGUAAUGCAACAAGAUGGACUAGAAGUACGAUAAUACAGAGUACGGUGUCAGCACUUGUGGAGUACGGCUUUAUCACGCUGGAGCAGAUCGUGUCACGAUGGCACCGUCAGCUGGACCAUGGCUACCCCGUCCCCUCCCUACACAGGGAGCAAUUGCUGGCGUCGCUGCAGGGGUGGUUACAGUCACUAGAUAUAUUCUCGCGGGGACGAUUUGGCGGCUGGCGGUACGAAGUAGGGAACCAGGACCACGCCCUUAUGCAGGGGGUAGAGGUAGUGGAUUACCUGCUGCGUGGGACGCCAGAGGAGACUUACCCAAACCCUAACCUUGUUAACUCCAUGAAGGCCUCAAAGCGCCAGGUCAAGCCUUUGCAGUCUGUCGGGCUGGACUACGAGAUCGUAGUGGCGCAUUACGACGAAGAUCUUAAUUGGUUAAUCCCAGAAGCAAGCCAUUGUCACGUUUACCACAAAGGAGAAACCCUAAUACCCGACCUGCGCUUCAAACAGUGGGAGAAACUCCCUAACGUCGGGCGGGAAGCGCAUUCCUAUCUUCACCACAUCGUAGACAACUACGACCGUCUGGCCAACAUUACAGUUUUCGUACAAGGCUCCAGAAAGUCUCACGAGACUCAAACUUACGCUAACCUAAAGGAUUACGUCACUGAAGCCAAUAACACCGGGUUCUCCACCCGAAUGCAUGGCUACUUUGAUGAGUGGGAUGGGAUUAAGUACGGCGGGAAGUGGAGGAAAGAGUUUAACAGUGGGAAGGUUCGCAGGAGUAAUUUCUCGAUAGGGGAGUUCUGGUUGAAGGCUUUAGGGACACCACACCCUUCGUCCACUCAGUGGAAUGCGGGGGCGUUUUUCGGCGUGACACGUCGAGUUAUCCGAACGAGAACAAGAGGGUUUUAUAAACGCCUGAUAGGUUUUGUAAAUGAUCACCCUAAUCCGGAAGAAGGGCAUUAUUUUGAGCGUUCUUGGCACGGAGUGUUUUUCGGUUAUUGAGAAGAUGAUUUGUAAAAUAUCCGACAAACAUGCACGUGGUCUGGCACGCCUAGAAAAACUACAGACAAGCUGUAGAAUAACUAGGUGGUAUGACUAGAAAAACUACAGACAAGCUGUAGAAUAACUAGGUGGUAUGAUUAGAAAAACUACAGACAAGCUGUAGAAUUACUAGGUGAUAUUACUAGAAAAACUACAGACAAGCUUUAGAAUGACUAGGUGGUAUGACUAAUAAUAACUACAGAAAGCUGUAAAAUAACUAGGUGGUAUGCCUAGAAAAAAAAAACAGACAAGCUGUAUAAUAACUAGGUGUUCUGCGUAGGCGUGUUGGAAUCAGGGAAAUAAAUCAACUCAAGGUUGAAAUGGUAUGUGUUACGCCUCUGUGAUGACAAAGGGGUUUCGAGCGUCCCUUCGUCGGAGCAAAACGCUCGGAACUUCAGCGAAACUACUCUGUUUUUAUAGAAAAUACCAUUUUAACCUUGUGUUGGUAUAUUUCAUUGAGACACAUAAAUCAAUAUCUAUACUAUUAAUCACGGCAUCCAUACAGCUGCACCACCCGAUGAAAUACAAAAUAAAACCACCUCAAACCUUCCA